AGCUUCUUGAAUACUUAGAUAGUCACAAACCAGAAGAGCGGUCCCUUUUCCAGUUUCUGUUGCUUUAUCGUGAUAAAAUUCUUAAAACCCCUCCAUUCCAUGACGACUGGUAUGCUCUUGAUGGAACGUGA